AUGACGACCACGCCGCCAGGACCCGAUGCCGCGCGGCCCGGACGAGUGCCUCUGCGGGGGCUGACGCCGGACGCCGAGGCAACACCCGUCUUCGAACCCCCCAGAGCCCCCCAGAGGACAGGAGGCGUCUUCGAACGCGCCAGCCCCCCGGCAUCUUCAAGUCCCGAACCUGCCGGUCCCGGAUCUGCCGAUUCAGCUCUGAGAAACAGGCCGGGGCCAAAGACCAGAUCUACUGCCAAAGAAAAGAGCGUCUGGCCGGCACCGUCGCCACUUAACCAGUACCGAGCGACCGGCAGGGACGCUGCACUGGACGGGGCGGAGUACUACGGGGAGGAUGGAACACCCUUUAGCACAUAUGAGCAGCUGCCCCCAGUGUCGAACAUGGCGUCCAAUCUGGCGGAUAAACUGUCUUCGACCCAUCCGUCGAACAAAGCAAUGAUUAGUGUUAGAGCAUCGCCCCAACUCGCCGUGCCGAGUACGCUGGGUGAACUAUUUGACUACGUUAUUAAACGCAACUAA